AUGAAGUUCCUGGUGCUUUUGGUGUGCCUGGCCUUUCCAAGCUUUGAUGCGGCAUCCCUUCGGCGGAGCAAAAUGACUUUCAUUGAGGAACAGAUGUCUAUGCAGAUGAAGCUGAUGAUGCCAGAGAAAGCCACGUUGAACAACAUCGAGGCAUCCAUCCUCAAUAUGGCACGGACCAAAAAGCAAGGCGGCUCUGGGACCAAUCUGACUGCGUUCUUGGACCAGAUCCAAGAGCUGAUUGACAAUACCAUGAAGAAGAACAUUGUGCAGAGAAAGGAUCAGACCCAGUUUGACCUGGAUGGUGCUUGGGCAAACCUCACCACCUGCACCCACCCAAACGAUACCACUCUGGUGAACACACUUGCAGAGCUUGACUCGGAGCAUGUGAAGUGCCGCAGCGAGCAGGACAGCGAUGCUGUAAGUCGUAGGGAUAUGGGUAGAUGGGUAGCGGGUAGCGAUGCUUUGAGAUAG